GUACCCAACAGGGUGACACUAUUUUCUACUCAAUUCCUCAAUUUUAUACGCCUCAAUCUUUCAAGAUUAAAGAUUAAUACAACGCCGCUAUUGUUUACUGUCACCGCCCAUUCUUCCAACUAUUUCCAGCGUUGCAUGAUUAAACUACGUACCCGCCACACACGUCAACAUGGAUAUUAACGGCGCAGACUCAACAUUGCACCUACCGCGCAUUCUCUGCUUGCACGGCGGUGGGACUAACGCUCGCAUUUUUCGGGCGCAGUGCCGCGUGCUGUCGCGCACGCUCGAGCCCCACUUUCGCAUGGUCUACGCAGAGGCCCCGUUCUCAUCCACCGCCGGACCAGAUGUCUUGUCAGUGUACGCAGAACACGGCCCCUUUAAGCGGUGGUUGCGCUGGUUACCCGAGCAGUCUGAGGUAGAAGACCACACCGCGGUCACUGAGAUUGAAGCUCAGCUAAAGGAAGCUAUGGAUAUGGACGACGAAUUAGGCGCCACCGGCCCUUGGGUUGCUCUCCUCGGAUUUAGCCAAGGCGCCAAAAUGGUAGCUAGCCUGUUGUUUCGACAGCAAAUCCGCACAGAAAAGUUGGGCAGUGAUCGAGCGGGAUCGAAUUGGAAGUUCGCAGUUGUAAUGGCUGGGCGCGCACCUCUUGUGAAUUUAGACCCCGACGUGUUCAAAUCAUCGAUGUUGGCCCACCCGUCGCAGAUUGGCCUCACAGGUGGACCGGACCUGAUGGAGAUGAUGAGCGGAAACCACAUACUAAAGCUACCGACCAUUCAUGUGCACGGCCUUAACGAUCCGGGCGUGAGUCUACACAGGGAACUUCUCGAGGAAUACUGCGAUCCCAACACCACGCGGUUAGUGGAGUGGAACGGCGAUCAUCGAAUUCCCCUUAAGAGUACAGAUGUACAGCCUCUGGUAAAUCAGAUCCUGGAAGUCGCGAGAGAAACGAAGGCACUGUAACUAGUGCUGAGACACUAAAAUAUUGUCCCCCGCGCCCGCGUGGAGCCGGACAUGGGGGCUGAGGAGACGAUUACGGCGCAGAGCGUAGGAUGAUGAGAACCCCACUAAAAGAUACACCUGGAUACCUGUUAGAUUUCAACGCAAUCCUCUGUCAUGCUAACUAAAUAGACAUCAAUAAACAUUCUUUAUCAUUUUAAACAAAAUGAAACGAAGGUGAAGCACCUCGCUCAAAAUUCCAAGAGGCGUAUAACGGAAAACAAGGAAGCAUACUCGGCAACCGAUGAUUGAUGACUGAUAACUAUACAUAAGAUUUCCGGGCCUUGGUAUCACGUAAGCAGGCGGUGCAAAGCUAGUGCACCUAUCUAUACACGAUCCUAUCGCCAGUCACUGACUGCAGUGGUGUUUGUUAUUAUUGAGACCAUACGAAGACAGGGGCCAAGUACCGCCAACCUUGAAGGCAACUGACGGACAAUAGUACCGAACCCCGCCAUUCUAGGAGCGGGGACAUCGAGUCAUAUGGCGGAUAACAGUGGGAUUAUAGGUGCCUACUAGCCUACUAGGUACCUAGCCUGGGUAAUCAGCAUACUAUCAGCAUCCCUCGGGGCUCUUAUUAACGACCAUCCGACAGCACAUCCCUCUUACUGGAAUACUAUAUGAAGUAUGUCAG